AUGCGCGUACAAUGGUCGCUUUUUCUACUUGGUGCCUUUUGUUGGACCAUCGUCGACAACAUGAGCAGCCCUCCAGGUGAUCAAGAUCAUCUACAAAAAGAAGAACAAGACUGGAGAACUUGGGCAAUCGGCCGUUUAUGGGAGGAGAGGGAAAGAAUUGGACACACACCGCUCAUCAAAUAUCCCGUGCGAGGUCUGCCGUUUCUUCAGCUCUAUUUGAAGGAUGAGAGCGCUACUCCGACUCGAUCACUCAAACAUCGAUUCGCGUGGGCUCUGGCGUUGUGGUCGGUUGUCGAGGGUUUGGUAACACGAAACUCGAGUACCUAUGAGUCCUCGUCGGGAAACACGGCCGCAGCCGAAGCUUACAUGUACUCGGCUAUUGGGAUCCCGUUUUAUGCGGUGGUGUCGCGUAAUCUCGAACAGGCAAAGAUUGACAACAUUCUCGGGAACAACGGCCAACUAAUUAAGACUGACGAUAGUACACGAGGCCAAUUAGCUAAAGAAACGGCUGCGCGUACCGGCGGCUUUUAUGUGGAUCAACACGGAAACGCCGAAAAAGCGGAGGAUUUCACGGAAAGUGGUGGCUAUGGGCAUGAGAGUGGGAACGUCUUUCACGAGGUUUUAGCGCAGUUGAGAGACGAUCCCGAGAUUCCGCGAAAAGCUGUUGAUUACUUUGUGCACUGUGCUGGCACAGGUAGGUGUCUCAAGACAAAGGAGAGUUUUUAUGUCAAUGCAACGUGUUUCCACACGUUGCAU